CUAUAAAACCUCAUUUACGCAGGUCACAGGACUUGCACCCUCCUCCAUCAUAUCCGAUCCCCCUCCUGCUCCACCUCCCUCGCUCUCUAAGAUGGCCACCAGAAGGUGUAGUAGUAGCAACGUGCCACCUGCAGGCUUAUUGGCCGUGCCAUGCUUGCUGCUGCUGCUGCUCGCCGGCGUCUCCAACGGGCAGCUCCAGGUGGGGUUCUACUCCAACUCCUGCCCCGGCGCCGAGUCCACCGUCGCCUCCGUCGUCCGGCAGUCCGGGUCCGCCGACCCCACCAUCCUCCCGGCGCUCAUCCGCCUCCAGUUCCACGACUGCUUCGUCCGCGGCUGCGACGCCUCGGUGCUCAUCAAGGGCGGCGCCGGCGGCAACAACGCCGAGGUGGACAACAGCAAGCACCAGGGCCUCCGCGGCGUGGAGAUCAUCGAGGGCGCCAAGACCCAGCUCGAGGCCCUGUGCCCCGGCGUCGUCUCCUGCGCCGACAUCGUCGUCCUCGCCGCCCGAGACGCCAUCUCCUUCACCGGCGGGCCGUCGUUCGACGUGCCGACGGGGCGGCUCGACGGGAAGGUGUCCAACCUGCGUGACGCCGACGCGCUGCCGGACGUGCACGACGGCAUCGACGCGCUCCGUUCCAAGUUCCGCGCCAACGGACUCGACGAGAAGGACCUCGUCCUCCUCACCGCUGCGCACACGGUGGGGACGACGGCGUGCUUCUUCCUGCAGGACCGGCUGUACAACUUCCCGCUGCCCGGCGGCGGCCGGGGCUCGGACCCGACCAUCCCGCCGGGGUUCCUGUCGGAGCUCAAGUCGCGGUGCGCGCCGGGGGACUUGAACACGCGGCUGGCGCUGGACCGGGGCAGCGAGGGCGUGUUCGACACCUCGAUCCUCCGGAACAUCCGGAACGGGUUCGCCGUGAUCGGCUCCGACGCGGCGCUCUACAACGACACGGCGACCGUCGACGUCGUGGACUCCUACUCCGGCCUGCUCAGCAACUUCUUCGGGCCCUACUUCCGGCAGGACUUCGCGGACGCCAUGGUACGCAUGGGCAGCAUCGGCGUGGUCACCGGCCGGAAGCAGGGCGAGGUCCGGAAGGUCUGCUCCAAGUUCAACUGAACUGACGUCUGAGACUGAUGAUCCCACUCCCACCAAUCACCAAUGCAAAGCGCGCGCGUACCACCGGUCCAUCCGUCCAUAGAUCCCUUCAUUCAUUGCACACAGCUAGCAGGCCCAUCCAUGGUUGGACAGCACGGUGGGGUUUGGUUGCCUGCUUUCAUGGCAGUGUUUCUCUCUUCAUCGAUUCCUUCCAUUCAUCGAUCAGUAGUACGUACAUCGUGUAGAUCUCAUCUCAUCUCACUGGGCAAAGGGAAAUUCAAGUGCCUCAUAUAUAUAUAUAUAUAUAUAUAUAUAUAUAUAUAUAGGGUAUUAUAUUAUAACAUAAAUUAUUUGGACUUGUGUUUAUAUAGAAAUUACUAUAUAUAGUUUGAUAUAUAUGUUUAGUCAUUUGUUGUUGGGUUUCGGGGAUUCAUUUGCUGUUGUGUAGGCUGUAACUGUGAAAAGUGUUUGAUUUCUAUAUUGCAAGAGGUGUCAAAUAUUGUGACGAUUUUUCCUCUGCAUUACAACUACUCGAAAAAUGGUUUUUGGCUA